AUGGCGAAAGAUUUGUUUGGGAACAGAGGGAAGAGCAGAUUGGAAACCACAGUUUGGGCUAUCCAACUGCUACUUUUGUUAGUUGGAAUAAUCUCAAUAGUGCUGGUGCUCAAAACAGCUGUCAUACCAUACUCUUUUUCUAAAGUUUCUACACUACCACAACUCUGCCUCUCCCUCAAGUUCUGGCUGUCUCCACCUUACAUUUACAUCAUCAUUAAUUUCAUCAUUGUUUUCAUAGCUGUUUCUUCCACUUUCCACCGUCCUAGAGUAAACGAGGACCAGCAUAAUGAUUAUGGUGGUGAAUAUGCUGAUCCUCGUUUACAACAACAUAGCGAUGGAGAUUUUGGUGGCGCCUUGCAGCAUCCUAUACGAACACCACCAUCACCAGAAUCUCCAUCGCUAGAGGAAAUCAACAACGAGGUCGAUGUUGAUUUCCUUUUUUCUCCUCCGGUUUCUGAACCAAAUUCACCCCUUCCCAAUUUAGACACUCCGAAGAUUGUUUCUCCGAAGAGAAUGAAAAAUGUGAAGGCACAACAAAUCCCAGCAUCACCGGAACACAUCAAACACAUCUUAAUUUCAGAGCAGCCGGUAACCAAAGGCCAUGACAAGGAGUUUGAAACAACGGAACACAUUUUAGUUACUGAGGAAUCCGUGACCAAAGGCCAUGACGAGGAGUUUGAAACAAUGGAAAAAAAUUUAGUCACUGAUGAAUCCGUGACCAAAGGCCAUGACGAAGAUUUUGAAACAAUGGAGGCAACAUGGGAGGCUAUUAUUGAGGCCAGAAAAUCACCUCCAAAAAAGGAGCUGAAGAAGAUAGAAUCAUGGAAUGCACCUCCAGUUGUCACGGCACCGACAAGGCGCAAAGACAUGAGGAAAUUGGAGACGUUCAAUGACUCAUUGUUGGAGAGGCAAAGAGGUGGGCUGAGAAGGGAUGUGUCAAUAGGUCAUGCUGAGCUGAACAGCCGAGUCGAAGCGUUUAUUAGUAAGUUCAACAUGGAUAUGCGACUACAGCGACAAGAAUCCGAUCAACGAUUCCUGGAAAUGAUUAAUCGUUGA